CCGCGCGAUCCGUCGUUUGCCGGCAGAAAGUAAAAUGGCGUCAGCUGAAUCCCAGGCCCGGUUCGGUCAGUCAGUUAAAGGAUUAUUAUCCGAUAAAGUGGGUUCGUGCAGCGUGGACGUGAUUGCAAUGACGCGCCAGGUGCUAAAAAUUUCCCGCAGCCAAGAGCUUCUAGGCCAAGCAGCCAGAAAUAUGGUGAUUCAGGAGGAUGCCAUCUUACAUUCCGAAGAUAGCCUGAGAAAAAUGUCCAUUAUAACGACUCAUUUACAAUACCAACAGGAGGCAAUCCAGAAGAAUGUGGAGCAUUCCAAAAACCUGCAGGAUCAGCUGAGGCAUCUGCUCAAGUGACCACCGAACAGGUAUCUCUACCAGCAUCGGUGGCUUUGGACAUCAUCUUCUCAGCUUACUGGAUUUCUUUUAACCUGUUUAGGGAUAAUAAAGGGUUAACUCAGUUUGUCGCCUUAGUAACUAGAAAAGCACUCAGAGCACAGACCUCCGCCAAGCGCCGUACAUGCUAACGUUAGCAUGAUAGUGCUAAGUGUUUAUACACGAGUUACCUAUGAAAACAGAUAAAAAUGCUACGAUGUUAAUGUUAGUAUGCUAGAAAUGCUAGCAUUAGCAUGCUAACACCUAGCAUAAUAGUGCUAAGUGUCUGUGUGUCUGCCUAUGAAAACGCCUAGAAAUGCUUCUAUGCUAAUAUUAGCAAUGUUAACAUGUUAACACCUAGCAUAAUGUUGGUGUUUAUAUAACUGUCUAGCUAUGAAAAUGGCUAAAAUUGUUAAUAUGUUAAUGUUAGCAUGAUAGUGCUAAGUCUUGAUGUGUCUACGUAAUGAAAAUGGCUAACAACACUAGUAUGCUAAUGUUAACAUGCUAGCAUUGCUAACACCUGGGCAUGAUAGUGCCAAGUGUUUAUAUACGUGUCUAACCAGGAAAAAAAGGUAAAAACGCUAGUAUGUUAACAUUAGCACGCUAGCAAUGCUAACAUGCUAACACCUAGCAUGAUAGCGCAAUAUACCGGAAAGGCUAAAUGUCCCGAAUGAGUUGAGAAUUUUGACUUUGGAAUGGUCUGAGUGGGAUGAGAAAUGUGCAGUAUAGCAGGUCAUUCAUUAGUUUUAGGGGAAAGGGUGAAUUUUGGAUCACCCCCAAAAUUUAAUCAGUUCUUCCAUGUCUUGUUUCCGACAAUUCCUGAAAAUUUCAUCCCAAUACGUUCAGCACUUUUCAAGUUAUUUUGAACACAAACAGAUGGCAACAACAUAACGUCCAUGAUGGGCUUGGUGGAGGUAAUAUUCAUCCCCAGUUGUUGCUAUAUUGCCUUCUUGGAUGAUAUCCAUGCUGUGUGUAAGUGUGACGUGAUAGUGGUGCUGCAGUAUUACACGGAGGUUGAGUACCACUGAAGGUACCAGAUGCACCGUACGUGACAUCGUACAUUAUGUACGUUUUUUUCAUGCCGGGUAAGCAAAAACUGGAUUUCAUUUUCAUCGAAUGAGAGAAGUGUACAUUUAGACGUAACUCCCCCCCACCCGUAUGUACAGUAUAUGCUGUGUCAGUGUAAAAAGGUAAAAAAAUGUUCAAAAGCUUUUUGGUAGAAAUUGUUCAUUUUUACACCUCCUGGGUGAAACAUUUAUUGGAAAUCAAUUUUUAUUGAAUAAAGUUAACAUAAUCACAUGACCCAAACGCGUUUGAAUGAAUUUCUGCGAUAUGAGUCAUAGAGUGUUACUAUCCACACAACGGCUUUGUGUAUCUUAGAGAGGGGGACACUGCUCCAAGAGACUACAUCACAAUGAGCAAAGAAUUGUUAGCGCAAUUCUGAUCAAAUGGCUAAGGACUAUAUUGGUCUGUUAGGGUGUCCAAAGUGUGGCCCGGGGGACAUUCGCAGCCCGCAGCACGGUCAAAAAAUGUAAUUUAACAAGGAAACAUUAAAAAAAAAAAAACAGCAAAAAUGGGAAAAUCAAAAGUCAAAAUAUUAACAGAAGAGUUGUAAUCUAGCAAGGGAAAGAAAAAUCCUAAUUUCACAAGAAUGAGGAAAAACAUCAUUUUAGUAGCAUGAAGGUGAAACAUUAAAGAAAAAAGUUGCCUUUUUACGUCAACAGUGAAUAAAGUUGUAAUUUUUGGAAACUUAGGUUGGGGGAAAAUAGAACAUGGGAAUAAAGUGAAAAUAUAAAAUAAUAAGUUGAAGUAUUUGGAAAAUUAUACCAAAAAAAAAUCAACAGCAGAAAUUUGACCAGAGUAAAGUCAAAAUAUUAAAAGGAAAAAAAAAUGUUUUCUAAUGAGAACAAAGUUUCAAUUUUACGAGAAUAAACUUGUAAUGUGAGGAAAAACAUCAUUUUAGUACCAUUGGUGAAAUAAGAAAAAAUAGGUGAAACAAUCUGAUGGGAAUAAAGUUAGAAUUACCAGAAGAAAAUUGACAAGAUGAAAUACACUGCUCAAAAAAAUGAAAGGAACACUUGGAAAACACAUCAGACCUAAACUGGGGGAAAAAUGAUGUUGAAUAUGUUUCCUGAUAAUAAGUGGGUGAUGUAUUAGUAACAAAAUGAUGCCACAUCAUUUGAUAGAAAUGAAAAUGAUCACCCUAUAGAGGGGGGAAAUCAAAGACACCCCAAAAAUGAAAGUGAAAAAAUGAUGCAGCACACUGGUCCAUUUAGCUAAAAUGUCAUUGUAGCAACUCAAAAUGAUUCUCAGUAGUUUGUGUGGCCCCCACGUGCUUGUACGCAUGCCUGACAACGUGGGGGCAUGCUCCUAAUGAGACUACGGAUGGUGUCCUGGGGGAUGUGGCAUCAUUUUGUUACUAAUACAUCACCCACUUAUUAUCAGGAAACAUAUUCAACAUCAUUUCCCCCCAGUUUAGAUCUGAUGUGUUUUCCAAGUGUUCCUCUCAUUUUUUUUGAGCAGUGUAGUUGGAAAAACCAGCAGAAAGAAAAAACAGUUGUGAUUUUACGCGAAUCAAGUCAAAAUAGUAAGAAAAGCCAUCAUCGAUUGAAGAGCAAAAGAAUAAACUGGUAUGUCAUUUUUAGUAGCGUUUCACCGCAGUUUUUUCUUGAGCUGCAUGUGGCUUCUUAGCAUGCUGUAUCUCUAUGUGCGUUACAAAAUAUCGAAGUUGCAUCCUUGGAUUUUUCACGAUGUGGCCCUUUGGACACCCCCGUGUUGAUGUCAGCCAGUCACAGCAUGCACGUACACACGAGAAGAUACAGUCAGGAUGCCACUUUCAUAUCAUCUACAGUUAGAUGGAAUCGUCCUGCUUUUCCAACAGCAGGACGAUUUGUUGGAGUGGUACGGUGGCCUGUGUGUCCACAUCUGAAUGGUCCACCAAGAGAUUGGCGUCCCUGAUGAAGCAGCUGAAGAGACACGGCACAGGAGCGUCACGUGACCACUCUGAAGCCAGCAGGUGAGAAAAACAAGCCAACUCUGGUGGAGGUUUGAUGGCUACAACCAUUUUCAGGAUGUAAACAAAAAGUUAUCUUCUCAAUCAAUUUAUUUGUGUUGAAAAUGACUGAUCCCACAAUAAAAAAAAAAAACUCCCAUCAAAUUGUGGUGCAUCUGCGUGCUCGUUGCACGUUAGCUACCGUCUAAAUGUCCCCGCUUUCAUCCUGUCCUCCUCUUGUCCCCGCCGGCCACCUGACCGACACGUGGUAAGGCUUCAGCUCCUCCUCUGACACGUAAUCGGGGGCGCGGCCCAUGAGGUCGUGACCGCGGAACGACUUGGGGAAGGCGAUGACAUCACGUAUGCUGACAGCCCCCACCAUGAUGGACACCAGCCGGUCCAAACCUAUAAAAUAAAUAAAAGAUUUUCCACAUCUCCGGACCCCUGGUGUCGUGAAUCUCACCAAGAGCGAUGCCACCGUGGGGGGGUGCUCCUGAGUCCAGAGCCUCCAGCAGGUGAGAAAGAACGGUGGGAUCCUCCUGAGCGAGAAGCAUGCUAACUGUUACGGUCGUACAAGUGUAAAAACAAGUUAAGCAAGGAAAUAGAAGUCAUCUGUUCCAGGGUCAAACUGUGGCCAUCCUAAAAGCUCGAAGUGUACAGGCAAUGUUUCAGGUCUUUUUGAAUUCAGUUCAAAACGUUGAAACGUGUCAAAACAAGUUAAGCAACUCAUUCGACAGCAAAUACGUAACGAUAAAAAUGAGGUUUUGAUAAAUGCCAAGCCUCCAUCCCAGAGACGUACAGUAUUUACACGUCCUUGAUGCUUUUUUAAAAACUAAAAGAGGUGAAGGCAUGUGUGCCUAACAGCGGCCACUAGAUGGCAGAAGUGCAUCUGAAAAGAGCAAUUUUGUAACUAGAAAGUCACAUGACAGGAAGGAGGAAGCGGAAGAGCGUGGGGGCGUGUAGCGAGCAGAAGGCUACGCACUUUAGGGACGUUUUAACACAAGCGCACACGUACUUCUGUGGAAUAGUUGGUGUAUUUGUAAAUAAAGUUAUUGUGAUGUUUUUGUGUUGUUUACAUAUUAGAGCUAUCAGAAAAGCAAAACGUAUUUGUGUCAAAGUGAAAGUUAGGAUUUUGUACUAAAAGCUGCUUUUCUCCCUCUUUUAGUUGGGAACUGACAUUUUCCUGAAACUUGCCUAUGUUCUACUGCUGAUUACUAAAGAAGGCAAACAGGUAGAAACAAGCAGACUGGUGACAGACGGGAGGGUAAUGUGGGCUUAUACUGCAUAAGCAUACAACACAACAAGAUCAGCCCACGGCUCCACUGAAGGGCUCGUCUUCUGAAAACUGUCCAAUGAUAAUGUGGAGAGAAGUCAUGUGUUCCAGGGUGAAAGAGCGGCCUUCUAAAAGCGUGCAUGCAAUGUUUGAAGCUCCGUUGUUUACCUGGAGAAUGUUCUUCAACACGUGAAGCUGCUCUGAAGCCUUAUGGAUGCGGAUGGAUCCUCCUCCGAUCUCACAGCCGUUCAGCACCAGGUCAUAGUGCUGACCCCGGACCUGCGAGUGCACACGUGUCCUGCACGUCAAGUCAUACCACAGCCAGAAGACCACACCUACCUUCAGAGGCUGUGUGUACAGUAGCGGCGCGUCUUCUGGCACCGGAGCGGUGAAGGGGUGAUGGGCGGACUCCAGCCGACCCGGCUCGUCCCGCUUGGGCACGAAGAGAGGGAAAUCCACCACCCACAAAAAGUGAAAGGCUGAAGGAUCGCGGACAGAAGAGCCGUGAGACUCCAGGAGGUCGGCGCACCGCAAACGAAGAUGACCCAGCAGCGGGCGCUGAGAGCGCAGAGGAGACGUCGCAGUUGGGAUGAGACGCUCCACGCCAGCGGGAACGCUUCCAUUGGUCUUACCACCACGGCGGGAGCACCGGCGGCUAUCAGCAGGAGGUCCCCGGGCUCGGCUCCGGUCUUCUUCAGCAAGGCGUCGCUGAUGCCGCCUGACAGCAGCUUCUUCACAGGAGACUUGAGAGUUCCAUCAGCUCUGACCAGCACCACGCUCACCUCCUGGGACAAAGAGCAGAUCCACCGUUACGUCCCCCCCAUUGGAGCAGCCGGGCU